GGACUACUUGUGAUAUUAAGGGCUUGUACUAGAAAUAGAGCAAUGUGCUCAAUGGCUGGAUUGUUAGAAGUGUUGUUGAGAACAGCAGAAAAAAUUUUCACUGUGGAUGUUGGCUUGAAUGGUCAAAUGAGGUGGGAUGGAACUCCUUUGUGUCACUGCAUACAAUAUUUAGCUGGUCAUUCUCUCAAUGUGAGUGAUCUUUAUAGAUGGUUUCAAGUAAUUACAAAAACACUUACAACAGUUUGGGCUCCUCGAUUAACACUAGCAUUGGAGAAGGCAAUAAGUGGAAAGGAGUCAAUGGGACCAGCUUGCACCUUUGAGUUUGAUGGUGAAAGUUCUGGUUUGCUUGGUCCAGGCGAAAGCCGUUGGCCAUUUAUCAAUGGAUAUGCUUUUGCAACAUGGAUCUACAUUGAAUCAUUUGCAGACACAUUAAAUACAGCUACAGUUGCUGCUGCAAUUGCUGCUGCUGCAGCAGCUAGGUCUGGUAAAUCAUCAGCUAUGUCAGCUGCUGCUGCAGCUAGUGCACUUGCUGGUGAAGGUACAGCACACAUGCCAAGGCUGUUCAGUUUUUUAUCCGGUGAUAAUCAGGGUAUAGAGGCUUAUUUCCAUGCUCAAUUUUUGGUUGUUGAAACUGCUAGUGGAAAGGGAAAGAAAUCUUCUUUGCAUUUUACCUAUGCUUUCAAACCACAAUGCUGGUACUUCAUUGGUCUUGAACAUAUAGGCAAGCAUGGAAUUCUUGGGAAAGCAGAAAGUGAAGUCAGAUUGUAUAUAGAUGGAUCUUUGUAUGAAAGUCGCCCUUUUGAGUUCCCUCGAAUUUCCAAACCUCUUGCCUUUUGCUGCAUAGGAACUAACCCUCCUCCUACUAUGGCUGGUUUGCAACGCCGCCGUCGCCAAUGUCCUCUGUUUGCUGAGAUGGGUCCUGUUUACAUAUUCAAGGAACCAAUUGGCCCAGAAAGAAUGUCAUGCAUGGCUUCUAGAGGUGGGGAUAUAGUUCCUUCUUUUGGUAAUGCUGCUGGGCUACCAUGGCUAGCCACAAAUGCGUAUGUGCAGAACAAGGCAGAGGAAAGUGUGCUUUUGGAUGCAGAUAUAGGAGGUUGCCUUCAUCUGCUCUAUCAUCCCAGUUUGCUCAGUGGGCGUUUCUGUCCUGAUGCUUCACCCUCUGGUGCUUCAGGAACUCUUCGUCGUCCAGCUGAGGUUCUUGGGCAAGUCCACGUUGCUACACGAAUGCGUCCUGUGGAUGCUUUAUGGGCAUUGUCCUAUGGUGGUCCCUUGUCUUUGCUUCCUUUGACUAUAAGCAAUCUACAUGAAAAUACUCUGGAACCUCAGCAAGGGAGGUCACCUUUGUCUUCAGCCACCACUUCUCUGGCUGCCUCAAUAUUUAGAAUUAUAUCCACAGCUAUUCAACAUCCAAGGAACAAUGAAGAAUUGGCUCGUGGUAGAGGACCAGAGGUUCUAUCAAAAAUUUUAAAUUAUCUUCUCCGAACUCUAUCUUCACUUGAUGUUAGAAAGCAUGAUGGUGUAAAAGAUGAGGAACUUGUUGCUGCUGUUGUAUCCCUUUGUCAAUCUCAGAAGAUCAACCAUGCACUUAAAGUGCAGCUCUUCACUACACUGUUGUUAGAUUUAAAAAUUUGGAGUUUGUGUAGUUACGGCAUACAAAAGAAGCUUUUAUCAUCUCUUGCAGAUAUGGUUUUCACUGAGUCAAUGGUAAUGCGAAAUGCUAAUGCCAUUCAGAUGCUUCUUGAUGGCUGCAGAAGAUGUUAUUGGACUGUUCCCGAAAUUGAUUCGUUAAAUACUGUUUCCCUAACUGGGUCUACACGUCCAGUAGGUGAAAUCAAUGCUUUGGUUGAUGAGCUCUUGGUGGUUGUUGAACUUCUAAUAGUGGCUGCAUCUCCUUCAUUGGCCUCAAAUGAUGUCCGAUGUUUACUUGGAUUCAUGGUUGACUGUCCACAACCUAACCAGGUUGCUAGGGUGCUGCAUCUUUUCUACAGAUUGGUUGUCCAGCCAAAUGCAUCUAGAGCUCACACAUUUGCAGAAGAAUUCCUGGCAUGUGGUGGUGUAGAAACUCUUCUUGUUCUGCUCCAGAGGGAAGCUAAAGCUGGAGAUAAUGGUGUCCUGGAUUCAUGGUCAACGAAUCCUAAACUUCACAAAACUGAGAUUGAUGGUGGUAAUGAAAUGACAAAAGGAAGUCAAGAGGAUGAAGGAUCGAAGGAGAAAAAUGAAGCCAUCUUACAAGACAAUGACCACGGUUCUCUAUCUGUUGAUAGUGGCAGAAGUCAAGAGGAUGAAGGAUCGAAGGAGAAAAAUGAAGCCAUCUUACAAGACAAUGACCACGGUUCUCUAUCUGUUGAUAGUGGCAGUAGCCCAGAUCCUAUUUCUCCUGUAUUUGCCUCUGAAAUUCCUUCUGUCAAGAAUUUGGGAGGCAUAAGCCUAUCCAUUAGUGCAGACAGUGCUAGAAAAAAUGUUUACAAUGUUGAUAAAAGUGAUGGGAUUGUUGUUGGAAUCAUAGGUCUCUUAGGUGCAUUAGUAGCUUCAGGACAUCUGAGAAUUGGUUCCUCUGCUGGUCCUGAUACAACAAGCAACCUUUUGGGUGUUGGACUCCAUGACAAAGGUGGUACUAUGUUUGAAGACAAGGUCUCUCUUCUACUUUUUGCUUUACAAAAGGCAUUUGAAGCAGCACCCAACAGGCUAAUGACCAACAAUGUUUACACAUCUUUGUUGGCCGCCUCGAUCAAUGCCUCUUCUUCAGAGGAUGGGCUAAAUUUCUAUGAUUCUGGCCAUCGCUUUGAGCAUUCACAACUUUUGUUGGUGCUUUUGCAUUCGCUUCCAUUUGCACCUAGGCCUCUACAGAGCAGAGCGCUACAGGAUCUUCUAUUUUUGGCUUGCAGUCAUCCUGAAAAUAGAAGCAGUCUGAUAAGCAUGGAAGAAUGGCCUGAGUGGAUUCUUGAAAUUCUGAUCUCGAAUUACGAGGUUGAUUCUGGUAAAUUAUCUCAUUCAACGACCAUUGGAGAUGGAGACAUAGAAGACCUUAUACAUAAUUUCCUUAGUAUCAUGCUAGAGCACUCAAUGCGCCAAAAGGAUGGAUGGAAGGAUAUUGAAGCAACAAUUCAUUGUUCAGAAUGGCUUUCUAUGGUUGGUGGAUCUAGCACAGGAGAACAACGAGUAAGACGUGAAGAAGCAUUACCUAUUUUUAAGAGGAAACUCCUAGGAGGCUUGCUAGAUUUUGCUGCAAGGGAAUUGCAGGUUCAGACUCAAAUUAUUGCUGCGGCUGCAGCUGGUGUUGCGGCUGGGGGUUUGUCGCCAAGAGAAGCUAAGACUGAAGCUGAUAAUGCUGCUCAGUUGUCUGUGGCUUUAGUGGAGAAUGCCAUUGUGAUUCUUAUGCUUGUUGAAGAUCAUUUACGACUACAAAGCAAACAAUCCUCUUCUACACGUGCUGCAGAUGCUUCACCUUCUCCAAUUUCUACUGAGUAUCAAAACAGUAGUAGCCGAAUUUCAUUGUCGACUAUUGAAGAGUCAUUAGAAACUAGUGACUCUGAGGGAGUUGCCCUAGAUGUCCUUUCAUCCAUGGCUGACGAAAGUGGCCAGAUCCCAUCCUCAGUGAUGGAGAGGCUUGCUGCAGCUGCAGCAGCUGAGCCUUAUGGAUCUGUUUCUUGUGCUUUUGUGUCAUAUGGGUCUUGUGCUAAGGAUUUAGCAGAUGGAUGGAAAUACAGGAGCCGGUUGUGGUAUGGUGUCAACCUUUCUGCAAAUCCAGCUUUAUUUGGUGGUGGUGGGAGUGGAUGGGAUUUUUGGAAGUCUGCUCUGGAGAAAGAUGCAAACGGAAAGUGGAUUGAGCUUCCCUUGGUGAAAAAGUCUGUGGCAAUGCUCCAAGCCUUAUUGCUGGAUGAGUCUGGGCUUGGUGGUGGUCUUGGUAUAGGUGGGGGAUCAGGUACAGGAAUGGGAGGGAUGGCUGCAUUGUACCAGCUACUAGACAGUGACCAGCCUUUUUUGUGCAUGCUUCGAAUGGUUCUUCUAUCGAUGAGAGAAGACGAUGAUGGUGAAGAUCGCAUGCUCAUGAGAAAUACAAGUUUUGAUGAUUCAGUAUCUGAAGGAAGAAAGCCACGGUCGGCACUGUUGUGGAGUGUUCUCUCACCUGUUCUCAACAUGCCAAUUUCUGAUUCUAAGAGGCAAAGAGUUUUGGUAGCUUGUUGUGUGCUUUAUUCUGAGGUAUACCAUGCUGUUAGCAGAGAUCAAAAGCCUCUUCGUAAACAGUACCUUGAAGCUAUUUUACCACCAUUUGUUGCUGUAUUAAGGAGGUGGCGUCCUGUUUUAGCUGCCAUUCAUGAGCUUGCUACUGGUGAUGGCUUGAAUCCUCUUAUUGCAGAUGACCGUGCAUUAGCGGCUGAUUCCUUACCAAUUGAGGUACUUUGCUUCACAUCU